AUGGAGCCCACUUCAGGCCCUGCCCACAGAGGGGCCUUGCCCUGGCACAUGCUCCUGCUCACUGCCUCACUCUUAACCUUCUGGAGCCCGCCCACCACUGCCCAGGUCACUGUGGAGUCGGUGCCACCUAAUGCUGCUGAAGGGAAGGAAGUUCUUCUACUUGCCCACAAACUGCCAGAAAAAUUUAUAAGCUUAACCUGGUACAAGAGGAAAGUUGAAGAUGGAAACAUCAUUGCAGAAUUGAAAGAAAACUCAGAAAAUGUAAUUAAAGGGCCUGCACAUAGUGGACGAGAGACACUUUACCGCAAUGGGUCACUGCUGAUCCAGAACCUUACCCUGAUGGAUGCAGAGAAAUACUACAUACAAGUCCAAACGAAGUUCCAGCCUUUUCUUGGGAAGAUAGAGCUUCAUGUUUAUGCACUGUUACCUAAACCCCAAGUGAAAGCCAACAACUGGGGCAUCUUGGAGCAUGAGAAAUCUGUGGUGUUGACAUGUGAAUCCGAGAGUUCAGACAUGACCUACCGGUGGUUCGUCAAUUUUCAGCCAGUCCAGCCCAGUGCCAGGCUGCAGCUGUCUCCAGACAACAGGACUCUGAUUGUAUUCCACAUCACAAGGAAUGACACAGGGCCCUAUGAGUGUGAGACCUCGAACCCACCUAAUGUCCAGCGCAGCAAUCCAUUCACCCUGCAUAUUUUCUACCUCACUAGGAUCGCGGCUAUCAACAUCACAGUCUCAGAGCCAGUGGCCCCGCCCUCUAUCCGAGCAUCCAAUCCUACAGUGACAGAGGGUGCUGGCCCUGUGGUCCUGACCUGCCUCACGAAUGACACUGGGGUCUCCACCCGAUGGUACCUCAAUGAUAAGGAUCUGCAGCCCGAAGAGAGGAGGAAGCUGUCUGCCGACAACAGGACCCUCACCCUCCAGCUGGUGUGGUUGGCCGAUGUGGGGGACUAUCAGUGUGAGGUGUCCAACCCAAUCAGUUCCCAGAAAAGUGACCACAUAAGGCUGCAGGUGACACCCAUACUUGACCCAGGGCCAGAGCAUAACUCAUUUAUAAAAGACGCUGAGGAGUAG